AUGAGUAUGAUUGAUAUUGACGAAGGCUUUUUCAAAGCACCAUCGCUUUCAACGGCUGGUGCUAUUACUGUUCGAAAUGCCAAAGGACAAUUGGUUACACAAAAAGUCAAAGUACGUCGACAUGUCGCCGGAAAACGACCUGACUGCGCCGGAGCACUAUACGCAAGUGACGAUGACGAUGAUGACGAGCAAUUUCAACAACAAGUUAAAGCUCCAUCAGUUACUCGAAUCGAGCAAGAAGAUCGUCGCUUGCGUCGUUUGCAAGAACGUGAAACUCAAGAAGAUGAUGAUGAUGACGACGAUCGUGAACGAAUCCAUCGACGUCGUCGAAUUGUUGAACCAGAAAUUCUUGAACAAAGUUCAGACGAAGAAGAAGAAGAGGAGGAGGCGGAAAAUGAAGAAGACAAAGAACAAAAUGAUCGACUUGAAGAAAUUGACAAUGAUGAAAUGGAUAUCGAAAAUCAAACUGUUAGUAAUCGUGUUAAAAUGGAUAUCGAGUCAUCUGAUGAUGAUGAAGAAGGUGACGACGACGAAUACGAACGAAAUCGACAGCGUCGUCUUCUUCGAGCGAAAGAGAAGGCCAAAGAAGAGGAAUUGCUACAAGUUGAAGAUGAAAAAGAAGUCGAACAGGAAGAAGAGGAAUCGUCGGAAGAAUCUGAAAGUGACGAAGAAGAUGAAGAGGAAGAAGACGAUGACGGUAUGCCCAGAUUGAAGCCGGUAUUUGUCCGAAAAGAUGAUCGUCGAACAGUCGCAGAACGUGAGGAAGAAGAAAAACAUCAACUAGAACUUGAACGCGAAAAAAAGCGUGUUGCUCAUCAACGAAAAAUGCAAACUAAACGAAUAGUCGAAGAGGCAAUUAAGGAAGAACAAAUACAAAAAGCUGAAGAAGAGGGUGGUAUUCAAUGUGAUUUCAAUACUGACGAUGAAGAUGAAGAAGCCGUAUAUAAUGCGUGGAAAUUGCGUGAACUCGAACGCUUAAAACGUGAUCGAAAAGAACGCGACGAACGAGAGCGUGAACAACAAGAACUUGAACGUCGACGUAAUAUGACUGAAGAAGAACUCCAAGCUGAAUUGCGGAAUCAAUCGAAAGUCGUCACAAACGAAGCACCGAAAGCGAAAUACAAAUUUUUGCAGAAGUAUUACCAUCGUGGUGCAUUCUUUCUGGAUAAAGAAGAUGAGAUUUAUAAACGAGAUUACAGUGCUCCAACACUUGAAGAUCAUUUUGAUAAGACUGUACUGCCGAAAGUAAUGCAGGUGAAAAACUUUGGUAUGGCUGGCCGAACGAAAUACACUCAUUUGGUUGAUCAAGAUACAAGUUCGAAGCAAUCGCCGUGGGGGUCAGAUAAACAAUCGAAUCCCAAGUUUCGCCAGGAAUUUGCUGGCGGCAUGAAACAAGUUUUUGAAAGACCAAAACUGAAAAAUACUUCGAAAAAGACUCAUUGA